AUGUUUAGUAUAGAUAUUAGAGAUAAAGAAACUAUUGAUAAACUCAAAUUGAGUAUUCCUUAAGAUGAAAUAUAAGGCGGAGUUGAGAUUAUUGUCAGUAAUCAGAUAUCUGAGGCUGAUAAGAAUAAUAUUAUUGAUAGCUUUUCUGAAGAAAAAUUAAAAGAAUUGUUAGAGAAAGCAUAGACAAUCAAGAUAGAACUUUUCAAAGAAGAUUCUGAUUAGUUAGAGAAUUUAAUGAGCUAUUUCUUGGAACAUUUAAAGAUAAAUAAACUUUAGAUUGUUUCUAGAGAAUCAGACAUAAAAAUUAGCACAUUAACUUAUUGCUUGCAAAUCAUUUAGAAAACUAAGGAUUAGCUUUAAAGUUUAAGCAUUGAUUUUUCUAAGUCUAAUUCAAAUGUUGAAAUCCUACAUAAAAUUGGAGAUAAUUUGUAAGGUUUAAGCGAGCUUACUCAUUUUUAUUUUAAUUUUUCAAGCAACCCUAUUGGUAAAGCAAAAGAAUUAGGUAAAUUUGGAAAAUAAUUGGAAUAGAAUAGUAAAAUAAACAAGCUUAUAGAGCUCUCUAUAAAUAUGUCAAACAUGCAUAUGGGGCAUGCUAAUGUUCAUAGUUACACAGAAUUUAUAAUGAAAAAUGGUUAGACUUUGAAAAAAUUAGAUUUAAAUCUGGAGAAUUGUUCUAUUGAAAAGAAAGGAACUGAAUCUAUCAAAAAGAUGAUUCAAAAUGUUUGCUAAGUGCAAGAAUUCAAACUAAAUAUAUCAAAUAAUGGUUUAAUGGACUUAUUUAUUAAAGACAUGUUAAGAGCUUUCACCCUGAAAAAUGAUUAUUAAAUUUAAAGGAUUGAGAUAUUAUUAUCUGGAAAUUAUCUAUCUCAUGAAGUUUGUGAGUUCAUUCACUCAACUUUUGUGCACAAUUCUUUAAGCAGCAUGACAUAUCUACAUUUAAACCUUUCAAAGAAUAAAAUAAAUAACAAAGCCUUAGAAUAUCUUAGUAAGAUUUUGGAAGAUUCUAAUAACUUAAAGCAAUUUAAAUUAGAUGUGAGCAACUCAAGAGAAAAAAUAGAAGGUAUAAAUAGGAUUGUUGAAAGUUUAAACAAAGCUAAAAAUGUUUAAGAUAUUUAAAUAGGCAUAAGAGGGCUUGGUAUAUAAAGAACUGAUAUUUAAAAUUUUAUUCAAUAAAUUGAAAAUGUAAAGUAUCUCCAAUUAUCAAGAUUUAUUCUAGAUAUUGAUGAUUCACUUCUUUAAAACUCAGACAGCCCAUUCUCUAUUGUUAAAAAAGAUCUAAUCUUUAUAAAUUAAUCUUUCAUUUGA